ACACGUCUGUUAGAUACAGGCAUUGACAAGGGCUCCUGCUGACACCUUGCUUACUGCCUACUAUUGACAUUUUAUAUCAUGUCUACAAUGCUCCACCAUUCUCCACAAGGUUGUCGUAAUGCUUUUGUGUUGCGACUCUUAACAUACUACAAGAGGGAACAAGACAACAAUUAACUGAAGAUUGGAUUGAAUAGACCGUAUGACCGAGUUGCUGAUGUCAUGGAUAUGACAAGGAAUGCCGUUCGUCAGAUGGUCAAGCGCACCACACAUUCAUGGCCAAUUGCAGGACAACCAACUCCACCACCAUCACCAGUCCCAUUACCAUCAUCACCCUCAUCGCCAGCACUAUCAAGAGCUCCAUCGCCAUCACCAUUACCACCACCCUCAUCAGAUUCAGUACAGUCUCAUUCCACACAGCCAGCUGAAUAUGUGUUCGACUCUUUUACCAUCGGUACAAUUCGUCGCUAUGUUCACAAAAAGUUCUUGUCAAAGGAUACCUUUAUAAUUACUAUUCUGACAAGAGAACUCAAGAAGGAAGGAAUAUUACCUGAAGGCACAUGGGAAACUUUGUUUUGGAGAGUACUUCACAAGAUGGGAUUUCGAUAUAAGACGACACAGCGAAAAAUGUAUGCUAGAAAAGAGUCCUUAGACAUAGUAUGUAAAAGGAUCCAUGCUCUCAGGGCUCUCAAACAGUCUCGUGAGGUAGGAAGACAGGUGGUCUAUUUAGACGAGACAUGGUUCACUACCAGGAUGAGCCACAACAAAGAAUGGGUGGACACAACUCAACCAUCCACAACUACCACAUAUAGCCGACAGGUUCCGCCAGGAGAUGGUGAACGCUUUGUCGUGGUAGCAGCUGGUACCAGCAAGGGCUUUAUUGAAGAUUCAUUCCUUUGCUAUACAGCUAAGAAUAGUAGUGGGGACUACCAUGGGGAAAUGAACGCCGAACUCUUCGAGCGAUGACUGACAACCACAUUACUACCAUCAUUAGAAGAGCCAUCAGUUCUCGUCAUCGACAACGCUCCUUACCACAGUCACCUUACAGAGGAGAGCAACUGUCCAACUACUGGCGCCAAAAAAGGCGAUCUAAUAAAAUGGCUGUAGCAGCAUAAUAUCACAUACCCACCACACGCUUUGCGACCUAAACUGCUCAAAAUAUGCAAGGAAAAUCGACCACCUACGAGCAAGUAUGGGGUGUCAUGAAGAAGUACGUUCAAUCAUCCUUUCACCAUUUUAUACGAACAUACCUCAAUGCAAGAUUGAAUGAAGCAAAGUUGUGUGUGACAGAGGACGUGUGGGCAAAUGCUGUUCGGCGCUCUGAAUACUUUGAGAGAGAGUACUGGUCAUUUGUUAAUAUCCAUGACAGUGUGCAUCCCAUCAUCAUAAGUCUCGCCAGGGACGACGAAGAGGAAGACUUUAUUUUAGACAGU